AUGGCUUUACUCUCUGGAACAUUGAGGACAUAUCAACAAGCCGGAUGCGAUGAUGAAGUGGUAGUCUUGAACUGCCCAACUGGAACAAGCAUAUCCAUAGAAGUCGCCCAGUAUGGAAAACCAGCACCAGAAGAAUCACUUUGCAAGCUAAGAUCAACGUCUUCGACUAUUUCAAGGUCGUCCUACAACUACAAUUCUUCGUGUUUAUGGCCAAACGCAAUCCAGUAUUCGCUGUUGCAGACUGUCGUGGAGGCCUGCCAGAAGAAACGCCAAUGCAAAUUUCAGACCAGCCCGAAGACUUUUGGAGGCGAUCCAUGUCCAGAAGUACGAAAAUAUGUAGAAGUAGCAUACAAAUGUAGACCAUACGAAUUUCGUAGUCAAGUAGCUUGCCAAAAUAAUAGAAUCCAGUUAAAGUGCAAUCCGAAUUCUAGAGUUGCAGUCUACAGUGCAAGUUAUGGUAGGACUGAGUAUGAGAGUAUUCAGUAUCCACAGCCACAAGGUGUGCCAGAAGAGACCUGCCUUGUUAGCUACGCCACUGAGAUCGUCAUGCAACUCUGUCAUGGAAAAAGAAACUGUGACUUGUCAGCGGACACUAGGACCUUUGGAAGUCCCUGCAAACCCGAGUCCAGAAUGUAUUUAAAGGUGGUCUACACCUGUGUCCCGAGAAAAGUCCUGAAGGAACAAUACGAAGGAUUCCUCGAACCCGACGAAACAGAUGAAAAGCUUCCGAACGACGACGAAAGCGUUUUCGAGAUAUAUGAUGCAGGAAACGAAUACAUCAGGGAAUUCGCUGCCUCCCCUUCUGAUCCAAACAUAGAAGGAGUUACCAAAGUUAAUUUUACCAAAAAAUCCACCCAAGACAGUUCAAAGAGCCUGUCCAAGAACAACAGCAGGUUUGAGUUCGAAAACCAAGAACGAUUUUUCCUCUAUCUGAUAGUAAGCGUAGCAGCUGCAGUUGUUUUGCUCCUGAGCGUCAUGGUAGGAAGGCUGCUAGUGCAACGCCAUCGAUCAAACCAGGAUCCGAAAUGCCAAGCCACGAAUAUUUCUGAUACCACCUUCCCCAACGGAUUUGUCGACGACAUAGACGAAGUAGAUGCAGAUAUAGAUCUACCCACACCUUUACCUUGUCCAAUGGUUCCGUCAGUUACUGUUUUUUCUUCUCCAAUUGGUAGUAUAGCAGAGGUUGUUCGAUAUCCUCAGAUCGGCAACCCAAAUUCUCUGGGAGGCCCAAACCCUCUAGGAGGUACCCUCAGAAGACCGACCCUUAUGAUGGAUAGGGAACUUCCAGCAACUUUAAGCAACACAUCCAACAGCCAAUACUACUUCGGAUGACCCGAAUGCCAGGGCCACGGAGGCCCCACUAUGCCCCAUUCACCCACGGUUUAUACAUGUGCAGGCCAAGGUACUUAUUGUUUUUAGAUACGGUGACAUUUGACAUUUGACGUUUGACAUUUGUGUUGUGGUUAAUAGUGAUAUAUUAUGCCAUAUUGACAUUAUUUAGGCACGCUAUUUUUGGGGAAUCGAAUAAAAGAUGAGAUAACAAGUUUGUGUAAUAAAUAGUUGGUUAUGUGUUUAAAACGAAAAUACAAGAUUAAUGCAAGUGGAGCGGAAUAACUACUUUUUGCUCGUUACACAAACAAUAUUUUUUCUAUAAUCACCGAAAACAAUUCAUUUUUUUAGGAUAUCGGCGGUUAAACUGUAAAACCUCGUAAGUCAGUUUUAUGUAACUUUAGAGGAGAGACGAAAAACAUUUUGGCUUCUUUAUGUAAGAUUCAAUUUAUUCGUUUUUUGUGUGUAGGGUUCUUUUUAGAUAACGAUUCCAUUACCAUUAAGUAAAAUUCAGUAAUAUUUUUUUUGUCAAAGAGAUACUUACGAGGUUUUGUUACUUAAAAUCUUAAACUAUCAUUAAACUUACGAGGUUUUGUCUCAUUGAAAUGCAACUUAUGAGGUUUUGUAACUUAAAAUCUUAGUUAUGAGGUUUUUUAAAUAUUGACAAGCUUUCGUAGUUUACAAGAUAUGUAAAAGUAUAAACCAACAAAGUAUAAAAGUAAUAAUGGGCCAAAAAUAGACUUACGAGGUUUUGCAGUUUAACCGUCGAUACCUGUUACAAAUAGUUACCAAAAAUCACACUAAAGUGAAUUAGUAAAAGAUCUUUUGAGUUUGCUUUUAAAACCUUUAUAACUGUUUCAAAAUGUUUGUACUUUGGUAUGUUUUCAUCAUAAUCAAACCUUCUGCGUCCAAAGUUGAACAUAGGUCUCAGCUACUGUCUUCCUGUUUUGUCAGUCUUGAGCUUGCUUCAGGAAAUUCCCAGCGAUUCUUUUGAUGUCAUCUAUCCAUCAAGUAGGUGAUAUAUCUCUGUUUCUUCUAUCUGCUUUUUGUCCCCAUAUUGUAGUUGGAUAGGUCUACCGGCCGUCAUCUAUUCUAGCCAUGGCUGAAGUGUAACACAUGGCUAGCCCAGUUACACUUCAGCCAUGCUAUAAUGAAGUCUGUGACGCUUUCCUUCUUCUCAUUUCCGCGUUUCUAACCCUGUCAAUUAGAGUCAGUACAAGUAGUUACCAUUCCAUUCUCCCAUGGGCAACUUUGAGUUUAGUUGUUGUUGCCUGGGCUUGGGCAAAUAUUGCUCUUGAUGUCUGAUAGAGCUCCAUAUGCGGCCCAUGCUAAAGUAAUUCUACUUUGCAGUUCAGCAGUUUCAUUAUUCCUGGCAUUUUAAAUUUCAUGAUGUAACUAAGUAGGUAUUUAUAUUUAUCAACUAAUGCUAUUUCGUUUUUUCUUGGUACCAGAUUUGGUAUAUAUUUUGUCUUACCAGAAUUUAUGUUCAAACCAACUUCCUUACUGAUGACAUCUAGCUCAGUAAUAAGCGUAGUUGCUAUAUCUUUUAAGUUAUCUGUUAUCAGAACUAUGUCGUCCGCAAAUCCUAGCUGUAAGAGCAUUUUGCCGUCGAAAUUGAUUCCUUCGGUGUUUCACUCUAAUUGUUUGAACGCAUCUUCCAAAAGUGUUGGAAACAGUUUGGGAGAUAACAUAUCUCCUUGUCUAAUUUCUUAAUUUCUCUUUCUCGACUUUUAUACAUUUUGUAUCUGUGUGUAAUCUUACGGCCAUGGUUAUAUUAUUGUAUAAAAUAUGUUUUGUGAACAGUGUGAAGCACCUAUAAUCUAUACUUAAUACAAUAUAAACAACCUACAUUUCGCAGAUUGCCCAGACCUUCUUGCAAAUAGUCAAAACAUAGCUAAUUGAUCGACUGGUCGAUAAUGAAAGUCAAAUAUUUGGUCUGCAAUUAAACAUAUCAAAGACAAAGAUCAUGAUAGUUCACAGACUAUAUAACUUUCAUUCACACAUAACUACAAUUUAUUGACCGGUUUGAGGUUGUGAGCUCAUACUUAUAUCUGGGAUCAUUGAUCACAAACAAAGGGUCACUGCUACAGGAAGAAAUAAAACGUAGAUGUGAUCUAGAAAAAAUUGCCACAGCAAAAAUGACCACAAUAUGGAAGGACUGCCAAAUCUCAAGAACGUUAAAGAUGAGGUUGAUCUACUGCUUAACAUUCCCAAUACCGACCUAACAGAUGUGAAUGUUGGACCCUGAGAAAAUCGUAAAGACGAAAGGUAGGCGCCACUGAAAUGUUCUGUUAGAGACGGAUGCUACGAAUUUCUUGGACGGACCAUAGAACAAAUAAUUCAAUUUUAAGAGAGCUAAAAGUUAGCCAACUACUCUCCAGUAAAGUCCAUCUACAACAAUUAAAAUACUUGGAACAUAUUAUGAGAGCAAACACAGACAACAUGGAUAGACUCACUAUAUAAGGAAAGUAGGAAGGCCGAAGAUCACGAGGAAAAUCCCCAACAAGAAAGAUCGAUCAAAUUAAUGAAAUAUACAGCAUUAGACCUAUGCACGAGUUUAAAAAAAUGAUCAGAGACAGAGAUUUUUGGAGGCGGAAAAUACACGACAUCUACCACUACACUCCCUCCGGGGGGUCAGAAUAAUCGAAAGAUAAUCGAAACUCUCUCUUAUUACGCUGAUAAUGUUUAUCAUAACGAAUGUUUUGCGAAAGUCUACGAAAACCAGGACCAAUGGUUGGUUGUACCUAUUCGAUGGAUUUUUCUAUAUUCUCUUUAAUGUAGUGGAGGUGGUUGUUAGUGCCAACGUUUUUUCGAAUGCCUAGGUCUUCCUUAGGAUUGUAAAAAUCUAAUUUUGUUUCUAGUCUAUUUAUUAUUAUUGUUGUGAAUAACUUGUAGACAUGGUUUAAAAGGCUUAUGAUUCGGUAAUUAUCAACGUCUGCUGGAUCACUCAUUUUUAUUUUUAUGUAUUAAAAUAGUAAGUGCACUAUUCCAUCUUGUAAGUGUUUCACUUUGGUGUGGACAGAAGUUGAUCAAUGUCUUUAUUUUCUCUAAAAGUAUAUCUCCUGCAAUCUUUGCUGCUUCUAUAACGAUAAUAUCUUCACCUAUAACAAUAUUACCUUCACUUGGAGCUUGAUUUCCUUUCAUUUUCUUUAAUGCGUUCUUUAUUUCGUUAACUGUUGUCUGUCCGUCUGUUGGUAUGUUUUAUCAACGAGAAAAGGAUUACAUUGUUUGCGAUGGAAACUGGUGAAAAAUUGUAUCAAUUAACAAACAAAUGCUCAUGAUAUUCAUUGAUCUUGAGAAAAUAUGUAGUAAAUAAUUAAUUUGAAAAGUAGAAUAUAUUUAAUCACCCUGUGGAAUUAGGCAUCCAAGUCUGGAAAAUAUUAUUGUCUACAUUGUUUCUACAUAACUUUUUUGGAUAGUCUGUACCAUAAUGGAAUUAUGAACCAAUGUCAUAAUAACAACUCAUCCUAUAUACACGCUACCUAAUAAUAUCGAAUUAUUUUCCAGACUUCAAAUUCUCCAACAUACCUACACUAUACACUCAUUAUCGAAAGCCUCAAAAUAUUUUUUAUUUUCUUUUUGAUUACACCUUCCAUCCUGACUUUUGAGUAAUGAAGGAAGUUUUGGGCAUUUAAAUUUAUCAAUAGCUCGCUUUAUUGCGAGGGUUGACUAUAACAUCGAUUAAUUGACCAAUAAAUAUGAAGAUCUGGGAACACAGUUCAAGGAAAUAUUUCAUCAAAACGCUUUCCGGAUAUGAACUCAAAACGUCUGUGAAAAAUCCAUAAAAUGUUUGUGGGCUUGUUCUUAUUUUUUUAUGGGUUGUUUCUAAAUAAAGCUAUUCUGGUAAUAAAGACAAUUUUCCGCUUAAUCCGGUAAAUUUUCAUUGAUUGAUCCAUUCAUUUUCAUUACUACUUGUAUUUUUUAGACAAUUUGGUCAACAGGUCAACAGUUCAGCUACAGGAAAGGUUUGUUUUAUUUUGUUCAUCAGAUUUUAAAGAUCUACUCCGCAAUUAGCCUAUUCUUUUUAAUUCUUAUUCUUUAAUUAUUUUUCGUGCCUACUCGGGAGAGAUCUUGAAAAAGCUCUUGAGGGUGAAACAGCUGGAAUAAAGGUAAAUGGAGUUCCCAUUAACAACAUUAGAUAUGCGGAUGAUACUGUCAUCUUAGCCGAAAAUAUUGAGGAUCUUCAGAGGCUGGUGACCAGAAUAGCGAAGUUUGGGCAAGAAUACGAUCUAACAAUGAACGUCAAGAAGACAAAGUUUAUGAGAGUAUCGAAAACUCAAAGAAAUAACGAGAAUCUCUUUAUAAACGGAACAAAUGUCGAACGCGUCGACCAAUAUGCAUAUCUUGGAACAUAGGCGUGACCAGGGGAGGUUUUGGGGGUUAUAACCCCCCAUUGGGAUCUACUUUGAGCUCUAUACGCUUAACACCAUUAUGUGUUGUUGACAAAUCAAGCCAUUUUAAAGUUUGUAACCCCCCCCCCUUAUUAGGAUCAUCCUGGUUACUCCGUUUUCUUGGAAUAAUGAUCAACUCCACAGGAAAUCAAAAUCAGAAUAGAAAUAGACCAGGGCUCAUCUGUAAAAAUAGUAGUACAUUUGGACGUUGAGAGGUGACUCAAAUUUUUUUGCAGAAAUUGCUUGAAAAUAAAUCAAAUAAUAAUAUUUGAGUUAUCCUCCCUCUCAAAAAGGUCCGGAACAUUGUUUAAAUAAUCAAAAUAUCAAAAAAUUAAGGAAAAAUUCGAUUUUUUUCUUGGUUUUUUGAU